CGCGUACCACGAAGCAAACAAAUUUACUUCUUUCGGAACACGAACUCUAUAGCUGUUACAUAAACUCCCCAGUUCUUCUCUCUCUGUCACUUCCUCCCUCUCUCUCUCCUAGGGCACAGAAAUACCGAAAUCCAUUCAAAGAUUUCAUUUUCUUUCUCAGACCUCGUGCGUUGUAGCCAUGGCGGACGCUCCUUCCUCUCCAGCAACAAACCUAGAAUCCAAUCCCCAAUCCGAUACCCCCAAACCCCAGUCUAACCCACCGGAUCCCGUUCCCGCUUCCACACCACCGCCAUUAUCGUCAUCAAUCCCCAUCCCCGUAAACCCUAAUUCUAAUCCGCCUCUGGUGUCUCUGCCACUGCCGCCGCCGCCUCCUUCGAUCUCCUACGCUCCACAACAGGUCUCCGGUGCCGGACCUCCGUCGGCGCCGUCGUUUCGGCCGGUUCCUCAGUUCUCUCCAAUACCGAGCCCCGGCGUGCCCAAUCCGAAUUAUCAAAACCCCGGUGUCCAGCCGCCCGGCGUGAGCUCUGGGUCUCCGAUGGCUCCCGGUGUGCCCCCGCCGUCCUCGGUGCCGCCGCAUAUGAUGCAUUACCAGAUGCAGCCCAUGAGAGCGUACGCGCCGAUGCCUAAUGGAUACGCGGCCAUGCCCACCGGUGCUCCUCAAGGCGCCAUGCCUCUCCCUGGACUUGCUCGUUAUCCUUCUCCAUAUCAUGCAAUGCUUCGGCCUGCAUUUACUCCACGUCCACCAGGAGCAAUUGGUUCGCUUCCAGGUUUACCACGUGGCCCUGUUCCUGGGAUUCCUGGAGUUCGCCCAAUUAUGCCCCCUGUUGUUAGGCCAACUCUUCCUAGUGUUACUCCAGCUGAGAAACCACAAACCACUGUUUAUGUUGGGAAGAUACCACCAACCGUGGAUAAUGAUUUUAUGUUAUAUCUCCUCCAGUUAUGUGGACCUGUCAAGAGUUGGAAAUGUACUCAAGUUCCUACGGAUGCGACUCCUAGAGGGUUUGGGUUUUGCGAAUUUGAAUCUGCUGAAGGAGUUCUUCGUGCAUUACGCCUUCUGAGUAAAUUUAACAUUGACGGGCAGGACCUUGUGUUAAAUGUUAACCAAGCAACGAGAGAAUAUCUGGAGCGGUUUGUUGAGAAGAAAACUGAAAACUCAAAGAAGCUUAAAGCAGCUGAAGCAGCUGAGAAAGAGGAUGAAAGUGCACUAGGUGUUGAGAAGAAUGUAUCUUCAAAUCCUGCUGUAUUGGACUCAAAGGAGGAGGAUAGUAAUUCGAGUAACAAAGAAAAUGACGCUGCCAAUUUUGGAAUUGUGACUGACGAAGACAGAGAAGCUGACCGCGAAGCUAUGGAGAAGCUUACAAGCUUGAUAGAGGAGAGGUUAAAAACCAAACAUCUCCCUCCACCACCCACACCAGCUCCUGGCAAUGGCACUGGGAAUUCAAACUCAGAGUUGCCAGCUAAAUCAAGGGAUGGAGACUCUGAUGUUGAUAUAACGCGAAAUGAUGCUUCAGAAGAAAAAAAUGAUGAAGAGACAACUAGUGACAACAAAGCAACAAGUGAGCAGGAUAGGCCUGAAACAAGCUCACCUGACAGGAAUAGAAAGCAAGAUAGGAGGAGUAGAGACAAAGAGCGAGAUCUGAAACGUGAAAAGGAGCGUGAGAUUGAAAGAUAUGAAAGAGAAACAGAACGAGAACGGGUACGGAAGGAGAGGGAGCAAAGGAGAAAAAUUGAGGAUGCUGAGCAUCAGUAUGACAAAUGUCUCAAAGAUUGGGAGCACAGGGAAAGGGAGAAAGAGAAACAAAGGCAGUAUGAGAAGGAGAGGGAGAAAGAAAGGGAACGCAAGAGGAAGAAAGAGGUAAUUUAUGAAGAAGAUGACGAGGAUGAAGAUUCCAGAAAAAAGUGGAGGAGGAGUGCGCUGGAGGAGAAGAGAAAGAGGAGACUACGGGAGAAAGAAGAUGACUUGGCUGACAGGCAGAAAGAAGAGGAAGAAAUUGCUGAGGCCGAGAGGAGGGCCGAUGAGGAAAAGCAGCUACAGCAAGAAAGAAAUGCAUUGAGGGAUUUAUCUGUCCAUGUAGCUAAUGGAAGCGAACAAGCGGCUUUGGCUGAAGAAUCCUUUGUGGAACUGAGAGAUAAGGCUACUGAACAGAAUAAUGAGGGUGAUUCUGGUCCUGAGAAUCAUAUGGGUUAUGGGACUUUACAGAAUGGAAACAGUGGUGAUGAGUCAACAAUGACAUCAGUUCAUGCAUCAGAACCACAGCAGAGUGGCAGUGCCCCAGCAAAAAAGUUGGGUUUUGGCCUCGUCGGGUCUGGAAAACGCACUGCUGUUCCUUCUGUUUUCAAUGAGGAGGAUGAUGAUGCACACAAGGACAAAAAAAUGAGGCCACUGGUUCCCAUUGAUUAUUCAACUGAAGAACUGCAGGCUGUCCAACAAACUGCUUCUGGGCCUCCAUCAAAUUUGGCUGCAGCUGCAGAAUUCGCAAAGCGAAUUUCAAAUGUUAGCUCUAGGGAAGAGAAACCAGAUAUAGAUAAGGAAAGAAAUAGACGUGCUAAUGAUAGGUCGAGCCAACGGGAUAGGGACAGGAGUGAUGAUGACACUAAUCGCACUAGAGAUGAGAACAAGGAGAAGACUGACCGUGAUACCGAUCGAGAACAUGGGCUGGAUAAACCAAGGACAACGGAUAACAAAAAGCUUUUGGAUGCGAAACAACUGAUUGAUAUGAUUCCAAAGACGAAAGAGGAAUUAUUCUCAUAUGAAAUAAAUUGGGCUAUUUAUGACAAGCAUGCACUACAUGAGAGAAUGAGACCAUGGAUUUCAAAGAAGAUUACAGAGUUUCUAGGAGAGGAAGAGACCACACUGGUAGACUACAUUGUAUCUAGUACUCAGGAACAUGUGGGAGCAGAACGCAUGCUACAGCUGCUUCAAUCCAUUUUAGACGAGGAAGCUGAAAUGUUUGUUCUCAAGAUGUGGAGGAUGCUCAUCUUUGAAAUUAAGAAGGUUGAGACAGGUCUUGCUUCAAGAACAAGAGCAUGAACGUGAACACGACGGUUUUGUUUGUAGGUUGUAUUUUUGUUGCUGUAGACCUGAGUCUUGUUAGUAUUAUACAUCCAUUGGCCUCUCGCUUGUUUCAGUCCUUCUUACAUAGGAUGGAUUAGCAUAGAUGGCUGUCAAGGCUAAACCAUAUUCUUCUGUUUGUAUUGCUUCAAAGUACAGUUUUAGUCCAUAAGCAAAUAAACCCGUUUUUGUCUU